GCGCCAGCUGCAGCUUGCGGAACUGUGCGGCGCGCGCGCCUCUGCAGCCGAGCCCCAGGCUCCAGCCCGGGCACAGGCGCGUGGCCCCGAGCUCUUCAAGCUCUGCAGUGGAGUGAUCCCCGACUGGAGCAGAGUCCAUCUGAUCCUGGUUGUGGGAUUAGGUGCCUUUUGGAGAGUUUUCAGUGUAAAGUAGGAUUUUGCUGCAAAAGAAGAUCUAAGAACCUUUGGGAAGUUACCACCCCAAGAAGCAAUCAUGCCGAUAGAAGGCGGGAAAACAGAUAUGGAGAGGGUUGGCCUCUUCAGUGAAAUGGAAUACAUCACCGUGGGUGACAAAUAUGUGUCUCCAUUUAAUCGACCCUUUAAUGAGGCUGCAAGCAAAAAUAGACAGAUGCUACCAGGGGGAACCAAAGAAAUGUCCAAUCUCCAGGCAGGAUACUUUGAUUCCCAGUUUACAAGGAUUUUUGAGGGGGAAGGCUAUGUGAAUUUGAACCAAGUGAGGAGACGGUAUAUGCUGGCUGAAUCCAAAAAGAACCUAGGCAAAGCCUUCAUCCCUAGUAGUGGAGAGAAAAAGCCAAGUGGAAUGGGAAGCUAUUAUGGAACAAUUGGUGGCCCUGUCCCAUUCUUUAGUGCUCAGAUAAAACCCAGGGACAAGUAUCAGCCACCAGGAAAGAAUUUAUAUACCAACCCAGGAAAAAAGGGAACUGGAUAUGGCUAUGCCAAUGUUACCAUAGGCAGGCAGCUUUCACACUCCUCUGACUUAUACGAUGCAGCAAAACAGAAUUAUAAGAAAGAAAGUGAAGAACACCAUCGACUAAUCAAAGGGUCACCUUUCAAGUUGAAUCUCCACCCAAAGGACUAUUUUGAUACUAAUCCUUAUUUUUUAGAGCAUCCUUUACCUCCAAUUAGGAGAGAAGAAAAGAAGGAAUCUUCUUUAAAGCCCUUUAAGCCCUCCUCUCCUGGUAAAAAGGCUGGUGGAAUGAAAGCAGGAACAUUUGAACCUUACCCAGCACACUCAGCUGACCCUUAUGUGGUUAAGGUAGGAAAGACGAUUUCUUUGAAAGGUGAAAGGAUUUUCCACCCACCCAAUGGACCAAAAAGCAGACCCAUUGAAAGUAUAAUGGCGCUGAAUGUCAAAAGGGCACUGAAUGUGAAGAACUACAAGAAUGCCUCCUCAGCCACGCUGGGAAAGCAGUUAGUUUUCUAGAUCCUCUCGGAAGCUCAGAGAAUACACAAUGUUCUGAAGCAAUGGCUCCAUGGCAGUUAAAGGGAAUGUAAACAUGAGGCUCAACUCUGAUAUCCUACCUGAUCUUAAUGCUGUUUAAUAAAUAAUGUUGGCUAAUGACUUAUGA